GGCUCUGUGGGUCGAUGUCAAUGUGUCUGUCCUUCACUCCUCCAUUGUCUGCCGCCUCCACUGCCGCGGGUGCCACCGCCGCUGCCGGAAUCGCCGCAGCCUGCAGCCUCGCGCGUCGCCGCUACCUCCUCGGACAGAAAUUUUAUGAAUAAGCAUCAGAAGCCAGUGCUAACAGGCCAGCGGUUCAAAACUCGGAAAAGGGAUGAAAAAGAGAAAUUCGAACCCACAGUCUUCAGGGAUACACUUGUCCAAGGGCUUAAUGAAGCUGGUGACGACCUUGAAGCUGUAGCCAAGUUUCUGGAUUCCACAGGCUCGAGAUUAGAUUAUCGUCGCUAUGCAGACACACUCUUCGAUAUCCUGGUGGCUGGCAGCAUGCUUGCCCCUGGAGGAACACGCAUAGAUGAUGGUGACAAGACCAAGAUGACCAACCACUGUGUGUUUUCAGCAAAUGAAGAUCAUGAAACCAUCCGAAAUUAUGCUCAGGUCUUCAAUAAACUCAUCAGGAGAUAUAAGUAUUUGGAAAAAGCAUUUGAGGAUGAAAUGAAAAAGCUUCUCCUCUUCCUUAAAGCCUUUUCCGAAACAGAGCAGACAAAGCUGGCAAUGCUGUCGGGGAUCCUGCUGGGCAAUGGCACCCUUCCUGCCACCAUCCUUACCAGUCUCUUCACCGACAGCCUAGUCAAAGAAGGCAUUGCAGCCUCAUUUGCUGUCAAGCUUUUUAAAGCAUGGAUGGCAGAAAAAGAUGCCAACUCUGUUACCUCUUCUUUGAGAAAAGCCAACUUAGACAAGAGGCUGCUUGAGCUCUUUCCGGUUAAUAGGCAGAGCGUGGAUCAUUUUGCUAAAUACUUCACCGACGCAGGCCUGAAGGAGCUUUCUGACUUCCUCCGCGUCCAGCAGUCCCUGGGCACCAGGAAGGAGCUGCAGAAGGAGCUGCAGGAGCGUCUUUCUCAGGAAUGUCCGAUCAAGGAGGUGGUGCUCUAUGUUAAAGAAGAAAUGAAGAGGAAUGACCUUCCCGAGACAGCAGUGAUUGGACUUCUGUGGACCUGUAUAAUGAAUGCCGUUGAGUGGAACAAGAAAGAAGAACUGGUUGCAGAGCAGGCCCUUAAGCACCUGAAGCAAUACGCUCCGCUGCUGGCUGUGUUCAGCUCCCAAGGCCAGUCAGAGCUCAUACUCCUCCAGAAGGUUCAAGAAUAUUGUUAUGACAACAUCCAUUUCAUGAAAGCUUUUCAGAAGAUCGUGGUUCUCUUUUAUAAAGCUGACGUACUGAGUGAAGAAGCAAUAUUGAAAUGGUACAAAGAGGCACACGUUGCCAAAGGCAAAAGUGUUUUUCUUGACCAGAUGAAGAAAUUCGUUGAGUGGCUACAGAACGCAGAGGAAGAAUCCGAAUCGGAAGGUGAAGAAAAUUAAAUGACACACAAAGCACAAUACCUAGGCUACCACACAACACUUUUACUGGGAAUGCUGAACCAUUUGAGAAGAGAAACUUGGCUUCAGUUUUCACAAAGAAGAAGAAGAA